AUGUCCAAGAUCAAGCUGAACGCACCACUGUUCUCCAGACGGCUUCGCAAUGUUUACGACUCGUGGAACAAGUCUGCGUCUAACGACGAGUACAGCUCCAUUGCCGACGUUGACGCGUUGAUGCUUCUUGCUGGAGAUCCUGCCGGAGAGGAUGAGCCUAUUAGGAAGGGUAUGGCGUUCCAGACGUGGCUCCUUGGCUUCGAAUUUCCCUCGACCUUCCUCAUGUUUCAAAAGACGAAACUCUCCAUCCUCUGUUCGGCCUCCAAAUCCAAAAUCCUCUCUCAGCUUCAGAACGCAGAUUCUCCGGUGCCGAUCGAAUUUUUUGUCCAGGCGAAGGCGUCAGAACCCCCCACCGACGCCCUACCCCGGUUCCUCCAAGAAUACACUGCUCUCGAUCGCGUCGCUGCUCUCACCAAGGAGCAACACACCGGGAAAGUCGUGGACGAAUGGAACAAGGGGUUGGCUGAAGCCUCGAAGAAGCCCGCGGUAGUCGACAUGUCUCCUGCCGUCGCAUCUCUCCUUGCCGCGAAGGAUGAGGAUGAACUGAAAAUCAUCCGCACAGCGACUAGUAUCACUUCGACGUUGCUCGCACAUUAUGUUGCACCCAAGCUGGAAACAAUCCUGGAUCGUGAAGCCAAGAUCUCUCAUGAGGCAUUCGCCGCCCAGAUCGAGGGACGAAUUGGAUACAACGACAAGGGUCCCGACAUGAAGGUGUGGAGCAAGGGCCGUGGUCUGAACGAGGUAGAUUGGGCUUCUACCGAGUUCUGUUACCCUCCUAUCAUCCAAUCCCAGUCGUCGAGCAGCGGGUUUGACAUCAGUCCUAAUGCCGAAUCCACUGAGGACGAUAUCUCGCACAAAGGUGUGCUCCUUGUUGCGCUGGGCAUGCGCUACAAGAGCUACUGCGCGAACCUGGGUCGAAGCUUCAUUGUAGACCUUCCAAGGAACAAGAAUCCAUCUAUGGGCUUCUUGUCACGCUCCAGGCUGAGCUACUGCGCGGCUCAAGGAGGGUGCUGUCGCAAAGGAGCUCUACCACUUCGCGCAGUCUUAUUCAAGGAGAAGAAGCCUGAAUUAGAGACCAAACUUGCCAAGACUAUUGGUCAUGGCAUGGGCAUGGAAUUCCGUGAUGCGUCCUACGUCCUCUCACCUAAGAACAGUCGCAAGCUACGAGCAGGCAUGGUGUUCAACCUUGUACUGGGUUUCCCUGAACUGACGGAAGGUGGAAAGAAGUAUGCUCUCCAGUUGACUGAUACCGUCCUCAUCGGCUCGGACAAAGGGACUUGCCUCACCACUGGUCUGAAAUCUGUAAAGGACAACAUGUUCUUCCUGAGUCAAGCCGAGGACGAGGCACAGUCAUCCAAGGCACCGUCCAAAAAGGCGCCGAUGACAAAAGCCAACGGCAACGUGUCACCGGCCAAAAAUAAGACCGCCGGUGGCAAAGUCCUGCGCAACAAAACGCGGAGCGCCGCUCAAGAAGAGCUCGUUCAGUCGAUGGCGGCGAAGAUAGCCGACCACCAGAGGGAACUUCACACGCGUCUCCACGAGGAGGGCCUGUCUCGGUUCUCGGAAGGCGGUGGAGGAACUGGCGGCAAGGAAGGAAAGGGGUGGAAACGUUUCCAGAGCUAUAAGGGAGAAGCCGCCCUUCCACGUGAAGUCGAAAACUUGCGGAUUUUCGUUGACAGGAAGUCACAAACGGUUGUGCUCCCUAUCUACGGCUAUGCUGUGCCGUUCCAUAUCAAUACUAUCAAGAACGUCAGCAAGAACGAGGAAGCUGAGUUCACGCUCCUCCGCGUCAACUUCCAGACACCGGGACAGCUGGCCGGCAGGAAGGAAGACACUCCGUUUGAGGAUCCCGACGCCACCUUCAUUCGCUCCAUAACAUACCGCUCUACCGAUGGGAACCGUUUCGACUCUAUUUCGAAACAAAUCACGGAUCUCAAAAAGGAAGUCAACAAGCGGGAGCAGCAGAAGAAGGAGAUGGCUGACGUCAUCGAACAAGACACCCUCGUGGAGAUCAAAGGACGCCGUCCGACCAAACUGCCCGAAGUGUUUGUGCGACCGGCACUUGACGGAAAGCGGUUGCCGGGUGAGGUCGAGAUCCACUCGAAUGGUCUUCGAUACCAGUCACCCAUGGGGUCCCAGAAGAUCGACAUCCUCUUCAGCAAUGUGAAGCAUCUUUUCUUCCAACCGUGCGACCAUGAGCUUCUUGUUAUCAUCCACAUCCACCUUCGAGCUCCCAUCAUGAUUGGGAAAAAGAAGGCCCAUGAUGUACAAUUCUACCGUGAAGCGUCCGAUGUUCAGUUCGACGAGACGGGGAAUCGGAAGCGCAAGUACAGGUACGGCGAUGAAGAUGAACUCGAGCUUGAGCAGCAAGAGCGCAAGCGUCGACAGAUGCUCAACAAGGAAUUCAAGCUUUUCUCGGAGAAGAUUGCGGAAGCUGCGACGUCUUCAACCGGCGAGUCGCUUGAACCUGACAUUCCUUUCCGAGAGCUCUCGUUCGAGGGUGUGCCCUUCCGGACCAACGUACGGCUUCAGCCCACCACCGAGUGCCUUGUGCAUCUAUCCGACCCGCCCUUCCUCGUGGUCACUCUGUCAGACAUCGAGAUCGCGUCCCUGGAACGUGUGCAGUUCGGCCUCAAACAGUUCGACAUGGUCCUCAUCUUCAAGGACUUCACCAAGACGCCGCUGCACAUCAACUCAAUACCAACUGCACAGCUUGAUGACGUUAAAAAUUGGCUUGACUCCGUCGACAUCCCGCUCAGCGAGGGCCCGGUCAACCUGAACUGGGGUCCAAUCAUGAAAACGAUCAAUGAAGACCCCUAUGAUUUCUUCCAGAACGGCGGCUGGAGCUUCUUGGGUGGCGGUGGCGGGGACGAGAGUGACGCCGACGGUGCGUCAGACACCGAGUCGGAGUUCACCGCCGAAUCGAACGCCAGCGAAAGCUCGCAGAGCAGUGAAGACGGUAGCGACUACUUCGAGGAUGCGAGCGAUGACGAAGGUAGUGCCUCCGAUUUUGGGUCCGAGGGCAGCGAAGGCCAGGACUGGGACGAAUUGGAGAAGAGGGCUGCGAAAGAGGACAAGAAGCGCAUCGAGAAUGGCCGAGGACACGAGUCAGACGAUUCUGAUCGCCCUAAGAAGAAGAAGGCACCGGUCAAAGCCAAGGGCAAGACGAAUGGCAAACGGUGA